CCUGCAAAGCAGUUUAUGAGGCAAGCUGCCUACAAGGCAGGCAUGGCAUCCCCGGAGAUUCCUGAACAACUGAUAAUUGCCUUGGAACCAGAAGCUGCAUCAAUUUAUUGCAGGAAACUCCGCCUUCAUCAGAUGAUAGACCUAAGCAGCAGAGCGCCCGUCAAUGGCUACACUCCAAGUGAAACUAUUGCCUCAGGCUUCACGCCAGCAAAAGAACACAUUCGACGAAAUCGACAGAGCCGCACCUUUUUGGUUGAAAAUGUCAUAGGAGAAAUCUGGUCCGAGCUGGAGGAAGGCGACCGUUAUAUAGUUGUGGAUGGGGGAGGAGGAACAGUUGACGUGACUGUGCACCAGAUUAGGUUACCAGAAGGACACCUGAAGGAACUGUACAAGGCGACAGGAGGGCCAUAUGGCUCUUUAGGUGUGGACUAUGAAUUUGAAAAACUUCUGUGCAAAAUAUUUGGUGAAGAUUUUAUUGAACAAUUUAAAAUCAAGCGGCCUGCUGCCUGGGUUGAUCUGAUGAUAGCAUUUGAAUCUCGCAAGAGAGCAGCAGCUCCUGAUCGGACCAAUCCACUGAACAUCACCCUGCCUUUUUCUUUCAUUGACUACUACAAGAAGUUUCGAGGCCACAGUGUAGAACAUGCCUUAAGGAAAAGCAAUGUGGAUUUUGUGAAGUGGUCCUCUCAAGGAAUGCUGAGAAUGAGUCCUGAUGCAAUGAAUGCCCUCUUCAAACCUACAAUUGACCAAAUUAUAGAGCAUCUCAGUGAUAUUUUUGAAAAACCGGAACUGACAAAUGUAAAGUUCCUGUUCCUUGUGGGUGGAUUUGCAGAAGCCCCACUACUACAACAAGCUGUCCAGAAUGCUUUUGGUUCAAAAUGCCGAAUCAUCAUUCCUCAAGAUGUGGGGCUCACAAUCCUCAAAGGAGCCGUCCUUUUUGGUCUGGAUCCUGCUGUCAUUAAAGUGCGCCGGUCCCCCUUGACCUAUGGGGUGGGGGUCCUGAAUCGCUACGUAGAAGGGAAGCACCCUACUGAAAAGCUGCUAGUUAAAGAUGGCACCCGUUGGUGCACUGAUGUCUUCGACAAAUUUAUCUCGGCUGACCAAUCGGUGGCACUUGGUGAGACCGUGUCCCGCAGCUAUACCCCUGCCAAGCCUUCUCAGCUGGUCAUUGUGAUCAACAUCUACAGCUCGGAACACGAUAAUGUGAAUUUCAUCACUGAAGCUGGAGUGAGGAAGUGUGGCACACUCCGCUUGGAUCUCACUGGAACUGACAAAUCCGUGCCAGGCCGGAGGGAAAUUAAAACGCUAAUGCAGUUUGGAGACACUGAGAUUAAAGCCAUGGCAAUUGAUGUUGCCACUUCUAAAAGUGUAAAAGCUGGUAUUGAUUUCUUAAACUACUGA